CAGACGCUCUCAAGAUGCUUUGCCCCAGCGCAUUCCAGCCCGCCCUCAGCCCCUUCAUGGACUUCCACUGGCCCGUCCGCAGCCUGUGGCCCGAGACCAGGCCCCUGUUCUUCCAGAUCGAGCAGGAGAUGAUGAGACACAUGCAGGAGAUGAAGAACAACAUGGAAUUUAUGGAUCGCCUCCAUCAGAAGAUCUUCAGCGAGAUCGACCAAGGCCUCACGCCCACCUCGUUCAAGCCCAUCACGUUCCAAAUGGGGAAGGAGGGGGGCAAGUUCGCCGUGACGCUCGAGACCAAAGACUACGGCCCGGAGGAUCUCACCGUCAAGCAGGUGGGCAGGAAACUGCGGGUCAGUGGGAAGACGGAAAAGAAGCAGGACGACGGCAACGGCUCCUACUCCUACAGGUGCCAAGAGUUCAGACAAGAGUUUGAUCUUCCAGAGGGAGUGAAUCCGGAGGCUGUGUCCUGCUCUCUUGCCGAGGGCAAACUACAGAUAACGGCGCCUAGCAAGGCCCUGCCAGAGAGCAAAGAGAGGGUGGUGCCCAUCGAACUACUCACCCCUGCUUUGAAGAACAAAGACACUGAGGCUGUGGCUGAAGCAGAGGCUGCUAAUGCUAAGAACUGAUGGAUGCCAGUCACACAAGAGUGGUCAUGCUGGUGUCAUGCCAAUCAAGAAAUAGGCUGCUUAGAUUCUAAUUAUUUGUGAAUAUUUUGCAGCUAACCACAGUAUUGCCAGAAAGGAAAUGAACUUCAUAUGUGAAUUUGUAAUUCAGUUUUAAAUGGAGAAAAACUUAAUACAACUGCUGCUUUUUGCACUAUGUUUUAAAAUUAAAAAAAUAAAUUAUUUCUAAUUUUGUUAUUUUGUGGGUUUCAUUCCGGAACAUAUGUCAUUCACCUGUAAAAGGUAUAAACACCACAGCAAAUAUGGCCACAGUUAUGUGUUUAUAGUCCCCAUACAUUGAUGUUUGUAAAUCAUUUAAACAUUUUGAUUAUGUUAUUUACAUGCUUUGAGGUGUUACUGUGCUAGCGCUUGUGCUGUUAUUGAGCAGUGAGUUCUCUGUCCUCUUUCUUUCUUUUCCUUUUUUCAAUUGUCUAUUUUAAGGCCAUGGCUGAAAUUCAAUCUCCAUGUGUCUAUUCUUAUGCAUCAUGUGCUCACUCUUUUUAUGUCUGUCUCAAAGUGCCCCCCUUGCCUUCCUCCCAUAAAUUCAUUUCUUUCUUAUGCUUCUUU